AGCAAAAGGAAGCGUACAGAAUACGACAAACGGAGUAAAAUACAUUUUUUCUGGAGAUAUACUAUUUUUAUUUGUGCUUCUUUUUUAAAUGUCUGUGUGAUUGCACACAAUCCAACUGCGAAAGGAUUAUUACACUAGAACAACGCUCAAGAUAGUGAAGGAUUUUUUUUUUUUUUUGCGGUUUGCGUUAGAGUCACGACGGACAGAACAAUGAGACGGCGAGUGUUGCUGUUUAUCUCCCUUUUCUGUAUUACUUCAGUUUCUGGGCAGGUCAGCUAUUCGAUUCCAGAGGAAAUGCCUAAAGGCUCUUUUGUUGGUGAUAUUGCACAAGAUUUAGGUUUGGAUGUGAAACGACUGAAAUCGGGAAAAGCUCGCAUUUACACGGGUGACAGUGCAGAAUACAUCGAGUUAAAUAAAGACAGGGGAGUCCUUGUGGUUCAGCAGAGGAUUGACAGAGAGGUAAUCUGCGCACACACGUCGCCCUGUGCUUUGCAUUUUCAGGUUAUUUUGGAAAAUCCAAUGGAAUUUUAUAGUAUUACCGUCGAGGUCACAGAUGUUAAUGACAACGCCCCUAUGUUUAAAACUGGUGAGAUGAAAUUCAGGAUAAGCGAGUCGGCGGUCACAGGAGCAGUGUUCUUAUUACAGCAAGCAAUAGAUCUAGAUGUCGGUAUUAAUGGGCUUCAAAGUUAUUUAUUGAAACCAACCGAUAACUUUGCUCUGAGGCUACAAAAUCAAGUCGAUGGAAGCAAAAUGGUUGAAAUGGUUUUACAGAAACCUUUAGAUCGAGAAAAACAGGAUCAUUUGUCCCUUAUAUUAACUGCAUCAGACGGUGGUGAGCCGCAACUAUCUGGCACAGUACAAAUACAAAUCACUGUGUUAGACAGUAAUGACAAUGCACCGAUUUUUACGCAGAAAAUAUAUAAGUCUACAAUAAAGGAAAACUCACCAUCGGGUGCGCAAGUAGUGUCUGUUAGUGCUUCAGACCCAGAUGAAGGAUCUAAUGGUAAAAUAUCUUAUGCUAUAUUAAAUCUACUCGAUAAUGUAGCCGAAUUAUUUGAAAUAAACAGAGAGACAGGAGAGGUUAGACUAAUAGGAAACACUGACUACGAAAAGAAACGACAGUAUCAAAUAAAUGUCCAGGCCAGUGACGAAGGUGGAUUAACUGACACGUGUAAAAUUAUAGUAGAUAUAACUGACACAAAUGACAAUACACCUACAAUAAACGUUAUGUCAAAGUCCAGUGACAUAAAAGAGGACAUACGGCCUGGGACCGUUGUGACAAUGAUUAACGUCCAAGAUUCAGACUCGGGGAAAAAUGGAAAAGUUCAUUGUUAUAUGAAUGAAAAUAUUCCAUUCUCAAUCUCAUCAACGUCAAAUAAUUUCUUCAGCUUGAAAACUGAAGGUGAGUUAGACAGAGAGAGAGCCUCAGAGUACAAUAUAACUGUGACCUGCUCUGAUGAAGGAGUACCCUCCCUCUCCAGCAGCGUCACUCUCACCUUACAGAUCUCUGAUGUAAAUGAUAACCCUCCUGUCUUUGAGAGGAGCUCAUAUGAGGCCUACAUUGUAGAAAACAACACACCUGGUCUCUCUAUAUUCACUGUCAAAGCCACAGACUCUGAUUGGAACCAGAAUGCCCGUGUUUCUUACAUACUGGAGGACUCCUCUGUUAACGGAGUGCCAGUCUCCUCAUAUGUGUCCGUUAGUGCUGAUAGUGGAGUCAUCCAUGCAGUGCGUUCUUUUGACUACGAGCAGAUCAAGGAUUUCAAGUUUUGCAUCAAAGCUCAGGAUGGAGGCUCCCCUCCACUCAGUAGUAAUGUGACUGUGAAAAUAAUGAUCCAGGACCAGAACGAUAACGCCCCUCAGGUUCUGUACCCAGUCCAGACUGGUGGCUCUCUGGUGGCUGAAAUGGUGCCUCGUUCAGCAGAUGUGGGCUAUCUGGUCACUAAAGUGGUGGCAGUUGAUGUGGACUCUGGACAGAACGCCUGGCUCUCCUAUAAACUGCAGAAAGCCACAGACAGGGCGCUGUUUGAGGUGGGCUUACAGAAUGGAGAAGUAAGAACUAUCCGCCAAGUCACUGAUAAAGAUGCAGUCAAACAAAGACUGACUGUUAUAGUGGAGGACAACGGACAGCCCUCUCGUUCAGCUACAGUCAUUGUUAACGUGGCGGUGGCGGACAGCUUUCCUGAAGUGCUGUCUGAGUUCACUGACUUUACACACGACAAGGAGUACAAUGAGAACCUGACUUUUUACUUAGUGUUGGCUUUGGCUGUAGUUUCCUUCCUUUUCAUCACGUGUGUGGUGGUCAUUAUAUCAGUGAAAAUCUACAGAUGGAGACAGUCUCGCAUCCUGUAUCACUCCAAUCUGCCAGUGAUUCCAUAUUAUCCACCACGUUACUCCGACACUUUGGGGACAGGGACUCUCCCACACGUGUACAACUACGAGGUGUGCAGGACGACUGACUCCAGAAAGAGUGACUGUAAGUUUGGCAGAGCUGGUAGUCAGAACGUGCUGAUAAUGGACCCCAGUUCAACAGGGACGAUGCAGAGGAUACAGAGUGAAAAGAGCAUCCUGGAUGAACCAGACUCUCCUCUAGAGGUGAGAUAUAAUGCACAAAAUACGUUAGUUUAUUGA